AUGGUGGAAGCCAUCUACCGAGCGGUGACAAAGGCCACUGGCAUUCCAGGCACCCGGCAGCAGCUCUUACGAGGCCAUGACCUCCUUUGGCCAACCAUGAAGCUGUCACAGCUUGGGGAGGAGGAGGAGCUGUUCCUCAGCCUGGUAGUGCACCGUGCGUCCUUCGUUGCGACGGCAUCGGAUGAUGGCACGGCGCGAAUCUGGCACACUCAUCGAGGCACUUGCGUUCACACGCUGGAGGGCCAUGGAGACGUGGUGCGGUCUGCCGUUUUUUCUCCGGAUGGCUACUUCGUGCUUACGGCAACAUCUGCCGGAAAUGCCAAGAUUUGGAAUGUGUUGACGGGACAGUGUGUCAGAGCUCUGCCGGUGCAAACCUAUGCCUUGUCCCUGGCAGUCUUUAGUGCCGACUCUUCCCUCGUGUUGACCGCAGCCAUUGAUGGGACUGCGAAGAUCUGGCGUGUGCCUUGCGGCGGCUGCUUUCAAACCCUGCGGGGUCACCAAGGCACAGUGACUUCUGCAGAGUUCUCAAAAGACGGCACGCAGGUGCUUACUGGAUCCUGGGACAAGACGGCCAAAAUCUGGCUCGUCGCACCGACGGGACGCAGUGAGCCGAAGGGUGGCGAGGUGGCCAAACGAGACCUCAACUCGUGCUUCGGCUGCGUCCGCUUUCUGCUCACCUCCUGCUGCCAGACACGCCAUGAUCGGCUUUGCCUUUGCACACUGCGGGGGCACAGCCAUGCGGUUCUCUCUGCAGCAUAUGCUCCGGACGGUGAAGCCGUGCUGACGGCCUCUGUGGAUGGUACUGCGCGAAUAUGGCGCGGAGGUGAGACAAUACAGAUCCUAGAGGGACAUGGCCUGGGAGUUUUCUCGGCCGUCUUCUCUGUGGAUUCCCGGCUGAUCUUGACCGCCUCCUGGGACCGAACAGCAAAGAUUUGGGACGUCGCCUCGGGCGUGUGCCUAAGGACACUGACAGGCCAUGGCCUCCCGGUACGUUCCGCCGUGUUCUCGGCAGACGAUGCAGCGGUGCUCACUGCUUCCGACGAUGGCAGCGCAAAGAUUUGGAGCGUGAAGACAGGGACAUGCUUGCGAACGUUGGUCAGGCCCGGGCACUUUGUCCGCGUAGCGCUGUUCAGCCCUGAUGCCACUUUGGUCCUCACUUCCUUCGAGGAUGGCACAGCCCAGCUCUGGGAUCCUUGCACAGGGGACUGCCUGCAAACCCUGUCUGGGCACGACCAGUCGGUGAAGUUUGCGCGCUUCUCUCCCUGA